AGCCGAUGAAAUGGAUCAUCGAGUUCUCGAAGGCUAGGGCAUCAACAACGAUAACCUUGACAUCGAGCCCUCGCAAGCUACCAUUCCUCUGACGCAUCAAUAUUGAACACGCUCUUAAACCGGCUGUGCUGAUAAUAGCUCGCAAUAACCGCAACCAUGGCUGCUAUGAGGACAUACAUCAAGGCCAUCUCGGCAGGCGCAGUGCUUUGCAUCGGCGGUCCAGCUUUGGUCAUGUGGGUGACGCCGACCGAGGAAGAGAUAUUCAAGGCCUACAGCCCUGAGCUCCAGAAGAAGGCGCUUGCAAACAGGGAACAGCGCCAGAAGGACUUUGAUGGGUUUGUGACCCAGCUCAAGGACCUAUCCAAGUCAGACAAGCCAAUCUGGAUUGCACAGAAGGAGAGCGAUGCAAAGAAAUCAGCCGCAGAGCAGCAGCGCUUGAGGGAAGAGCGCGAUGCGUAUGCUGCCGACAGCAGGAAACUCCAGCAGGAUAUCAGGAAUGCUUCGCAAUAAGCACGUUUCUGAUCUUGCUAUUGCCGACGUUUCUUUCUUCAUGUGUAUAUUGCAUCUGUAUGACUAUGAGAAUAACCAAAUCUUCGCUUUGCUUUGAAAUGGAUCAAGAGCAUUUACAUGG